AUGCCUGCAAAGACGCCCAUGUACCUAAAAACUACAACUCCCAAGAAGGGCAAGAAGCUGAAGCUCCGGGACGUCCUCUCUGGCGACAUGAUCAGCCCGCCGCUCGGCGAUGUCCGGCACAGCGCGCACGUGGGACCCGAAGGGGAGGGGGACAUGUUCGGAGACGUGGGCUUCCUCCAGGGGAAGAUGGACAUGCUGCCGGCGCUGAGUCGGCCGCAGAAUGGCGGCGUGCGCUCCUACAGCGCGGAGCGGCAUGACGUCGACAGCUUUGCCGCUCGGCAGGAAGAGCCCAGCUACGACGGCUUCCAGCACCGGCCCAAUGGGCUGCUGAAGAACACCGUCUCCAUGCCUGUGUUCAUCGCCCAUGAGCAGGCCCCGCCCAAGCCGCCACGCCUCCACCUGGAUGACCCCGCCCCUCGGGAUCCUCUGGAUCAGAGCCACGGACAUCUCCGGCCGCUCUGUGAAGACGGCGAGGCUUUGGGAUCAGAACCCUGCAGAGACAUCUCCCUGUCCCCUGCCAUCCACAGCCUGGUCCCGUCCCCCAGCUCCUUCUCGGAGGUCUCCUCCGAGGACUCCAUGUCUGAGACCUUCGGGCCCCUGGACGUUUGCCGGGGCCUCAGCCUGGACUCAGAUGCCGGCCUGAGCAAUGAGGACAUGGGCAGCGAUCGUAGCGAGUCGUCCUGCGCCUCUCUCCACCUCGCCGGCCUCACAGCCUCGCCUGGCGUGCCACGGUCCGACUCCAUGGCCGGACUGGACCUGGACCUGGACUUGGGCCCGUCCAUCCUGGAGGAUGUCUUGAAUAUCAUGGACCGGUAUAAGACUGUGGACAACCGCUGCGAGCUGUGAAAGGACAAAUGUGACGCAAACAUUUUUAUACAAAUAAAAAACUGACUGAAGACAGAAAACGUAAGAGACGUUUGUGGACACGAAGAGACGUUUGUGGACACGAAGAGACGCUUGUGGACAUGAGGAGACGUUUGUGGACAUGAAGAGACAUUUGUGGACACGGAGAGACGUUUGUGGACACAAAGAGACGUUUGUGGUCAUAAAGAGAUGUUUGUGGACAUGAAGAGACAUUUGUGGACACG